CUCUCAAACCCAAACCCAAACCCUUGCCGCCGUCGCCGGCGCUCCCGCUUCCUCCUCCGCCCCGCUUCUCCCGCUCCCACUGGCCUCGGAUCGACGAACGCGCUGUCCCGUUCGAUAGCUCAUCGGAAAGGGAGCGGCGACCUCGUCGUCGGCGGCGCCAACAUCAGGAGACGGCGGCCUCGAGGCCGGCCAUGGCGCGCGGCUAGGUCUUGCAGCGGAUAGACACCGAGGGAGUUCAGGGCGGAGAAAGGAGCGGUGAGGUUGUGUGGAUCAAGAGGUUUGGAUCUUGGUUUCGGUCUGUAGUACCAGCAGCACACAGCCAGCAAUUUAGUUCUGGUACCCUUGAGUUUUUUUGGCGAUGAACGGCAGCAGCUCCAACAAAAGAAGUGCUGAAGCUAUCAGAGAGGGAGACACUUGGAUGGAUGUCAGAAUAUUGAAGGAGACCCUUGACUGCACCAUCUGUUUCGAACACUUGACGACUGAGAUCUAUCAGUGUUCUGUUGGGCAUUUCGUAUGCUCAUCUUGCCGCGACAAGAUACUGGACAAGAAGUGCCCCACAUGCUCUAUCAAAACUUCCUUCAACCGCUGCUUUGGGAUGGAACAUGUCGUCCAGUCAGUCGCAUUUCCUUGCUCCAAUGCCAAGUAUGGAUGCAGAGAGGGUCACACCUACUAUCAGAAAGAAAGGCAUGAACAGGUAUGCACGUAUGCCCCAUGCUUCUGCCCAGCGCCUGACUGCAGCUUUGCUGGACCAACAUCAGAGCUCCUGGACCAUCUUAGCAUCUAUCACGUGUCUCCAUGUACAGACCUCCUGGAUUCUGGGACGGUGUCUCUCAGCUUGGAACCGGGCAUACAUGUUCUGUCAUCCCGUAGCAAGACCACCAACUAUUUUUUCUUGCUCAACAUGGAACCAGAGCAUCUUGGUUAUGCUAUCUCAGUUGUAUGCAUCCAACCUAAAGCUACGGAACCCAAGUUCACAUGUAAUAUGAAUUACUACUGCUCCGUGACAGGUUAUUGUCAAAGUUCAAGUUGCCACAUAAAAAGCUCUACACUCUCUGACGGGCUACCGACGGACUAUGACUUUAUUCUGCCUAAGGGAAAAGUUUCAGUUGGUGAUCAAACUGUUGUCAUGCUCAGAAUCACCAUUCAUGAAGCUUCAAGUGUUGGCAGAUCCCGUGUUCAAGGAAAUGGCCCGACUUCUGCUCCAUUGACCCCGUUUCGUUGUUGUUCUGAUGAUGAUGCUGAUAUACUCUUCACGCCGUGAGUUCAAGGAAAUGACCCGACUUCCCCUGGAAUGUUCCUGUUUCCGUGAUUAUUUUUCUGAUGGAUGAUGAUGAUAUGCAUUUUUAAGGAUUCUAGCGUGCUCUUCAAUUGGAGUCCCUGUUUGCUCAAUGCCCAACCUUUAAGAUCCGACCAUCCGCGUGUCUGCUUGAGGUUUAGCGUGGUGUGUGGUCUUGCCAUUAAUAUGCCGGGUGGGUUUCACCAUUCUGGGUCCAGGAUAUAUGUAUGUCGAGAGUCUGUAUGAUCUCUAAGUAUUGGAGCUGCUUUAACAAUGUGGCUUUUUUAUGUGUUUUGUUGUCCUGAACUCGUGCGCCAGCUUGUUAUGCUGUCCAUGAUGUACAAGAAAAUAUUAUGCUAUAUCAGUAGGUUUGUAUGGAUGAACCAGUAACUUGCAGCUAUCCACAAUAACAGGGACGCCUUCUCUUUCA